UCUUAUUUUGACGGUAAAAGGCUAGGAUAUCUUUCACAUGGUGUACAGUUUACAAAACAUUUCCUUUAUUACAUUUAAGAGACAUACACCAUUUACACUGAAUACAUGUAUUUUCAUGGAGAAAAGUGACUGAAAUUAGUGCAAUCAAAAUGAAAAUAAGUGAAAUUAACAAUAUGACCAAUUCUUCUUACUUGGUCGUUUUAUUUUGCGCGUCUGCUGGAAAAAAUGGAGAAGAGCUUGGAGUUGACGAAGAACAGAUAGUUUUAUUUGUGUAUUUAUUAUAUGACUUGCCAAAUAACAAGGUUGUUGCAGUGCAGCAGCAUUACUGCCGACCGACGCCGAACGAGCUGUCGGAAACCGUAAUUACAGAAGAUUGUAAACAAGAAACGGGUCUAGAUGAAGAUAUCAUCAAAAAUGCUCAACCACUGGACCAUGUAUUAGAUGAGUUCGACCGGUUUCUCGUCUCAAAAGGUGUUCACCCCGACCACGGCGGCAAAUCAUUCUGUCUCGCAACUGAUGGACCAAAUCAUAUACGACAAGCAUUACAUCCCGAAUGUGGGAAUAAAAACAUUACUUUACCACAAUAUUUCUACUCAUAUUAUGACCUCAGAAAAGAGUUUGUGAAAAUGUACAAAGCAGAAAAUAUUACGAACAUCAAAUGUAUGUUAGAUUAUUUAGGAUUACAAGAAGACCAGUCCUCAGAAUAUGGUAUCAAACAGUGUCAAGAAAUGGCAUCAACUAUUCACAGACUUAUUGUGGACGGGCAUCUAUUCACAGAACCUGAUGUGGUGAAUGAGCGACUGGAACCAGGUAUAUGUAGUAAAACAGAUAUCGUAGACGACGAGGUUGUGGUACGAGCACGUGGGUUACCAUGGCAAUCAUCGGACCAAGAUAUCGCGAGAUUCUUCAAAGGAUUAAAUAUUGCAAAGGGUGGUGUAGCUCUUUGCCUUAGUCCACAAGGAAGACGAAACGGUGAAGCUCUAGUCAGAUUUCAGGAUCAGGAAAUGAGAGAUCUUGCCAUAAGAAGACAUAAACAUCAUAUAGGUCAAAGAUAUAUAGAAGUAUAUAAAGCCACUGGAAAGGACUUUCUGAAUGUAGCUGGAGGCAGCAAUACAGAGGCACAGGCAUUCUUGUCACGUGGCGGGGAAGUUAUCAUACGCAUGCGCGGAUUGCCAUUCACAGCUACAACACAACAAGUGCUUGAAUUCUUCGCCCGGGAACCAAACGUGUGCGAUGUGUUAGACGGUGAAGAUGGUAUUCUGUUUGUGCACUAUCCCGACGGAAGGUCCACCGGAGACGCUUUCGUCUUGAUGCCGACGGAAGACGAGGCUGAUAAAGCACUGAAAAAACACAGGGAUAUCAUGGGCACUCGUUAUAUAGAACUGUUCAAAUCUACCACCGCUGAAGUUCAGCAGGUUUUAAACAGAAGCAUGGACCCAAGAAACCCGGAACCACAGGAGAGUCAAGUUGCUCUCCCACCACUUAUCGCCCAGUUACCGCCCCAGACUGCACUACCAUAUAUCCCACAGUCUCUAAUCACCAGCGGGACCAAGAGAGACUGUAUUCGCCUGAGGAAUCUACCAGGCGGGUCACAAGUCACAGAUAUUUUAUCGUUCCUAGGGGAGUUCUCACAGUUUAUUGUAUACCAAGGAGUUCACAUGGUUUACAGUGCUCAGGGAGAACCGUCAGGCGAAGCGUUUAUUCAGAUGAGCUCCGAGGAGGCAGCACAACUUACUGCAAUAAACAGACACAGACGACAAAUUAUUUACGCGGGAAAGAAACGCGUCAUAGAGGUCAUUCAGUGCUCAGGGGAGGAUAUGAACCUCGUUCUUACACACGGAAUUACGUCACCAACGCUGUCUCCAGUCACGCCAAUUGCUCAUCAGGCCGCUGUUCCAACUAUCACCCAUUCACCAAUUAUUCAACGACAAAUAAUUUCACCUGGUACUACAGCAUUAUUACCAUCACUGCCUGGGGUAGCGACAAACCCCCUUGCUACUUCGUUCAGCUCAGCCUUGCCUUUCACACACAUACCACAGCCAAUGUAUGCCUCACCUUUCCAGCAAGGGAUCACGCCUAUAGCCGCCGCUGCUCCAAGACCAGCCAUGUUCCCACAGAUAAUCUACUGGUACCCUACACCUCCUGUUUCACCACAGACUUACUUCACUACUAACACGGGACCAUCCAUGGUCGUAAUGCGGGGCCUCCCUUUUAAUGUCUCUCUGCAAGAUAUCCUAAAUUUCUUUCAAGGAUUUCCGGAGGUGAGUCCAGAAUGUAUUCAAGUGCAGUAUACACCAGAAGGAUUGCCCAGUGGUGACGUAGUGAUAUCGUUCGCUUCACGCGGCGAAGCGGAACGCGCAGUCGCAGAGAAAAAUCACCAAAUUGUUGGAAAUAGAAUGGUUGAGCUAUUCCUGGCAUCGUAAAUACUGGAUAAAGUAUUGAAACCACAGAAAUGAAAACAAAUGAAUGUUAAUAUAUGCUUUGUAUUUUUUAUUCAAUGAAUUUUAUGCUAAGGUUUUAUUUUGGAGUAUUAAGAGGACCCAGGUCUAGAAAAAGUUUGUUUUAUCUUGUAUUUCGGCAAGUAAUUCAGUAAAUUAAUAACUUCCGUAAAAGAGAUUAUUUUGGACAAAAUACGUCAUUGCCUUAACUUUAGAAUUUGACUUAAGAAAUUAUCGCUUACUAAAUAUAUACUUUUGUUUAUCUUGCCACAUUUGUUGCUAUGAAGUAAUGGCCUAAACUUUGGUAAAAUUGAGGUCUAAACCAUGUAAUUAGCAUAUCGAUUUCCCUAAAGCAUAGUUGUUUUUUCAUGCGAGUAGAUCUAAAUAUUUAUGACUUUUCCUUGUCGCUGUGGCAUUGAAACUUUUACUUGUCUCAAAGUUAUGAUGUAUCUGAUUGUUAAGUUGAUCUGAUGAAUUUUUAUGUAAAAGUGUAGUAUGUUUUUUUUUUUGCAUUAGGUUGUUUCUUAUUAAUUUCAACACAUUAAACUGAAUGCUUGUAAAUAUUCUGUUAAUUUUACAUACAUAUUUUACUUCAUAGAUCUUAUUUUCACCAUUAUUAUUGCUUUCAUAUAAUGCAGUAACAUAACUUUAGUGUUGUUAGAGUGAAAUAUAAUAUUGUUGUUGACAUACAUGUAUAGUUUAUUUCAAUUUUGAUUUGUAAAUAUUUAAAUGAUGAAAUAUUAUACAAUCAUAGUGUAUACAUAGACUUUUAAAGCUUUUAGCAUGAAUAAAAUCAAAUGAGAAUUACUGAUCUAGUCAAGAAAAAAUAUCAUUUUAUCAGAAUCAAAAUACACCUAGUAUUUUUUAUGAAAUAAACAGAAGCUUUAUAUAAAAUCCAAUAUUAAAACUUCAACGAGAGUCUAAAUAAAAGAAACAAAAUCACCUAUAUAGGAAUCUUGCAUGCUCCAGACAUAUGUAGGAAUUUCUACAUAUUUGUUUUCUUCAUAUUUCAUUGAAUCUAGUGCCUUCAUUGUGUUCAAAGUGCUAACAGGAUGUUAUUUUCCGUACAUUUUUACAUUAUCUAUGCAAAAUGUGUAUUUACGCCAAAUAUAAAAAAAACAAGUGCACAGUUCUACGCAUACAAGAACGUUUUCAUUUUGUAUAUAAUAUGUACACACACAUAUAGAAUCAUUUGUUAGAAUAUGUCUCUAGGUUUUUUUUGUGCAAAGCACACGCUGUUGUUGUAACAACAAAAUCUAAUGUCUUCCAUUUGAUUGCAGAUUAUUCUUUGGGCGUAUAAUUGUAUAGAAUAGAAUAGCUAUGACUUUGUACAUAUAUAUAUAUUCCAUUGUUUUCCUAUUAUAUGUAAAUAUUGUAUUUUUGAUAAUAAUUACUAUACUUGGAAAAGUCUUCCGGUCAAUAAGCAUUCCAGUUGCAACAUAUUUUAUUCAGGUUGUUACAUUCCAAAUAGUACAUGAAAGCAAAUUUUUGCCAAUUUAAAUUGUCUUCCAUUAGAGAAAAGUAAACUUAAGUGCCUUGAAUUUUGAUGUUAAAUUGAUUUACAUUUUUUGUGCUUAAUGUUGUCAUGAAUUAACCACUGAAUUAAUGUAUUUUACAAACCAUGUUAUUUUAAAAGAAAAACACUAUUCUUUUAACUUAAUUACUUUAUAGGUUGUGUAAAGUAGUUGGAUUAAACCUCUCAACUUUGGGUUAUCCUUUUUUUUUUGGUCAAUUUGACAUCAUGAAAAAUAUUUACAUUUCAUUGCUUUUUUUUAUUAGAACAAAAAAGGGAAAAAAAAAAACAAUUUGGUUCAAUCCAACUAUUGAAUGAUAAUUAUGAUGAUAUGUAUUUACUUUAUUUGUAUAUGUGUGUUGUAAAUUGCAGGGUACUAACAUUUCCUGUAGCCAAACUACAUUGUUUAUAUACUUCGCAAACAUUUCUUGAAUAGCUAAUACUUAUUUCAAGUGUAGAUGCAUGAAUGUAGAAAAAGGAAAUCUGACUUAUGCUUUGAAAAUUGCAGGUUUACAAUUUGUCAGCUACAUUUUCUGGCAGACUUUGGUCUUUAAAAACUUUGCAUAUUUGCUUUUUUGUUCGCCACUGUUCUUUAAACUAUGUGUUUAAACAGGUCCAAGGGAAUGAACUCUGGUUUAUAUUAAUAUCUGUAUCUUUAUGGCUUAGAAUGGGAUAAAUUUAAGUUGCUACAUUGUAAAUUCUUUUUUGUCUUAACAUUAGGCCUAAAUUUGGAGAUAGAAUUGAAACAUUUUUAUCUGUUGUUUGCUGCCAGAAAUUGAAGUGUUGACAAAAGAAAGCAAUAACAUGACAGCAGGAAACUACUAGUGCAAUACUUGUCGGUUAAGGGUAUACAACAUUACUACACUUUCUAUGAAACAUCAGUCUUGCAGAUUCUGAAAACAUAUAAACUUUUGGUUGGUGUAUUUUAACAUCAGUCGCAGUGUCCUAACAUUGAUUAUGUAUUUUGCCUUAAAUAAAGAAGAUAUAUGGAAUUCGUUUGCUUUGUCAAAAAAAGAAGAAAGAAAUAGAAAUUUAAAACCAGAGUAAGAAUUAGCUUUAGAUUUUACAUUUUAAACUCGUUGUUUGUUUCACAAACACUUUGCACCUGCCUAGAUUUAAAAUAUUCACUGCUGUACUGUGAUUUUGAACAUUCACUGCUGUACUAUGAAUUUAAAAUUGGCUGCUGGACUGCGACUGAUGUAAAUUUCAAACAGCUUUUUUCCAGUUAUGUUAUCAUCUACCUGUGAUUUGUAACAUUUCAUUGGUUUUGGUUAAAUAUCUCCAUGACAUCACGUGCGUCUUGUGUGACGUCAUUUGCUUUGAAAGUGACCACCCUGAAAGUACGCAAAAUCAGUUGAAAGAAAAUUACCCACACUUGGACUGAGAAAAUGUUAGGACUCUUAUCUAAAUAAAAAUGAAAGGCAAGUUAAAAUUUUUCAGAUAAGAAACCAUAUAACAAAAUUGUUUAUAUUUUAUAUGCCUAUGGUUUUGGGAUGGUCACUUUCAAAUCACGUGCUACGGUAAAAAGUUCACCCUUUCAUGUUUGAAAAAACACUCUGUCUAGCCAACACAUUUUCUUUAUGUAGCAAAUUUAUAUUGCUUCAUGAUAUUGAAUUAAGCAAUAAACAUUUCAGAAAGCAUAUAUGGUGGUGGUUGUGGGUGUGGUUCGUUCUAUUUUUAGCAAUAUCUGCCGAGGAUUCCUUCCUUCACUAUGAAUCUCGUGUCAACGUCUAAAUCACGUGAUUACCACAUUUAUUGUUUACUUGAAAACUUAAUAGAACAGUUCGCUAUCUACCAGUAGAUGGAAAUGAGUGUUUUUAGACGUUGAUCGAGGUUUAAAUGUGUAAGGAGCGGUAACUCUGUGUAAGAGGUUGUCUAUUGGUGAAGGUUGUUGCUUACUUGUUUUACAACUGUAAAGUGUGUAUAUUAUUAAAUUCUGGAGAUAGGGGCGCAAAGGCUGAGGGCACGUGAUUUUGUUCAUACAACUUGUAACAUAAUAAUGAAAACGAAACACACGUAACAAAAAGGUGUUAGCACAGAAUAAACAUUGUGGCUUUAGUAAACUCUGGAAAGCGGCUGUGUAGAUUUUAAGUAAACAUGUAUGAAAGCACAAUAAUUCCUCUUCUGGGAAUAUGUCUGUCAGGAUAUUAAUGGUGAUAGAUUCUUUCAAAACGCAACUCUACUUUUUUGUAAAACUAACCGCAAAAUGGAUGGUGGUCCCCCGUGUGAUUUGCACAAUACACACGCCCUGUACUGUAUCUCUCUAUCAAAAUGCUGUGAUAAUUUCUUUUUGUUUAAACGACUUUGUCCAUUUAGACAAAAGUAGUUUUAUUUAUUAUUUAUUUUAUUAAAUGUUUAGUUUUCAGCGAUGCCAUAAAACAGAAGAGUAUUAAAUGUUGAAAUAAAUAUUUGGAUAAAAUUAUUUCAAACCGAAUGUCAUCCUUUAUCCCUAGUAUUAACUUAUAAAGAAAUUUUGAAUACAGAAAAAUCACUUAAAUAUACACCGUAAAAUUUACUAAAAUGUAUCCAAUGGAUUCACGCUCUGCAUUAAAGAUGGUGGAAUAGUAGAACAAAAUCACGUGCUCUCUUCCAACAACCAGCUGGAUUUAAAACUGCUCAGUCAUUUUUUCGUGAGAUGUGUUCUGUCUUCACAGUCUUACGGAAAUCACCGACUUAUUCCGCGAGAUUUUCGUAAUGACUUACAUUGCUUGUCCUUCGUGAACGUGACGUCAGCAAAAGGUGAAGGGUGACUUCGUUGUUUUUCGGAGUUUUCCGUGAAUAACUGAACUAUUAAUACUGGCUGUAUGGACGUUGUAUCCUUGGUGUGCGUGCAUGUCCCUGCAUGAAUUGUAAGGUUGAGGGAUUUAGCAAAGACUUCAGUGUUCAGCAGAAAGCAACCACAUAUUCCUAUUUAGGUCGUGGUAUUAUACGAAUAGUCGUCCAUGUGUUAAGACACACACUCCUUAAUUUACACAAGAACUAAAUCAGUUUGAAUAUAUAUACCUACUAAUGCUUUUUAUAUACAUUCUGGAUAUUUUCUGUUCUCGCAUUUAACUAUCUGCACUCCAGUCAGUGAGCUAUUAGAUUGACUUUCGCGCACUUUCCUAUCUUCCAUGUGUAUACUAGUGAUCUUGUUGAACGAUUUUAUAUGGGCCCUAUCUUUAGUGAAAUCAUGGUGGUUUGCUAAAACUUUUAAUUGUGUUCUAAAAUGACCCUUGUCCAAAACUGUUACUAAAGUAGAUUUUAAUAUAAACAAAAUGAGUGCUUGCUUUGGCCAGUUGACUGGUAGGUCGAAAAUGUGUAGAAGAUCCGUUUUGAGUGGCAUACAGACAAGCAAGUCGCUUUUAUGAUCUGCUGUUGACUGAUGGAGAUUAUUGUAUCCAGGAUCGAAAAAAUUUUUCGGCUUAACAUUAUAAUCUGAGGCGAAUGUCAACAGAAAGUUCUUUUUCUCUCUUUCUCUCUCUCUCUGAAAAUUUGGAGGUCUCAUUUGAUUGGACGACUAUUUAUAUAAUAUCGAUCUCCAUUCUCCACAUCUUUCCAACUAAGAAGACAUGUGUUCAAUAUGGUGCAAUACAGUACAUCUAAGUUAUAAAAGUCAACGCCAGAAAAUACUAGUUUAUAAAUAAAUACUAAUAAUUUGGGCUAAGGGAAUUUUUAAUAUAUUUAUAUUGUGUAAAUAGCAUUAUUUAUAUUUUACAAAAACUAGUCAAGAUAAAUUUUGCCUUUUAAAUAAUGAUAUACAAUGUAGAUAUUUUCCAGUUUUAUUUGAGGAUAUUUUAUCUCAAAUUAUUCACAUAUCUUUUAGCAGAUUAGACACAUCAAACAUGUCAAGAAAAUCUGUAAUAUUAUUAUAUAUAUUUAUUUUCUUUUAAAUGAGAUUUUUUUUACCAUUUCGGUAACGUAUUUGUAAGGUACAUUACAAUUAAUAUAAUUUGGUAACAGUUACCAUAUAUAGGUUGUAGACAAGUUUGUAUUGAAUGAUUUCAAGGACUGAAAGUAAGAAAAAACUUUAUACUGUUUAAUUACGUUACCAAAUAUCGGCUUUACAAGUAUACAUAUCGGUAACGUAUUGGGCAGAACAGGACUGUGCUCACCAAGUGCAUUAGAACUCGCGUAGCUUUUUGUUACCAUGACAUAGUAUUUUUUGUGUUGCCACAGUUAGUUCUUACUGCUAGAAUGUCACAGAGAAGUGUCUUUAAUUUUGCAAUAAUUUUGAAAGAAUGUGUUUAAGUGCGAUUUUGACAAAUGGGAAGAACCCAACAUAUCAUAUUUUUUGUUAAGUCUGAUGAAUGAACGAGAAAAAAAUUAUAUAAAAGUAA